UCGUAUCGAAAUUCGUGUCGCUAGUUAUCAGCAGGAAAUGUUAAAGAUUAGGAACCCGAUAUAUACGCAGUGGAGAUGGAAAAGCCAACGAUGGGCGGUGCAGAAACUCAAAAAGACUAACACACAGCGGGCCCUGGAAAGCUUUGAUGACUUUUAUGGCUCAGUUUUUGGUAUCCGAUGGAGAAAUAUACGAGCAGCGUUGCUAACACAACAUAAAUAUAUUGCAUUAGUAAACAACUUUGGCGAUACGGACAACACCUGCAAUGGAAUGGAACUGAAUGGCGCCUUGAAUGUAAAGUCUUUGAUAAACUUGGCAAGAUAUCGACUUGAACACUGUGAUGCAUCGCCUACAAAAAAUGCAAGUAACAAGUUGGAUAAAACGCUAGAUGAAUUGCUACGCAAGCAGGAAGAACGUGAAAGACAUUCGCUAUAUCCCAAGGGUACAGCCGAGGCACCAACAUCAGUACCAAAUCGAUUGCAGUACCGCGAAGAGGAUGCCGGUGGGAAUGAAGGCCUUUCAGAAAUUGAAUGCAACACUGGAAAAUUCGAACCAAGUCUUGAGGAAGCGAUUGAAACGAACACACAAAUAGAUCAAAGUCGCCUAAUUGAUCCCCAAUACAGUACGGGUGCCUUAUAUGAAUUCAUGCCUGCUAGUAGAAUAAAAGGAAUGGAAGAUUGGAUACCUGAAUCUGACCAUUAUAAAUACUAUCAAACGCAAGCAGAUUUUCCACUGAAAUUUGAGGCCGAAACAGAAUUUUUCUACCCAGAGAAUCUUAAUCUUUACACCUACGAACUAGGCAAUUGUUCAGAGUUCAAAAGCCCAAGAAAAUGUCUAACAGGUGUACUUUCACAUUAUCUAAUGGAUGGUGCGUCAAUAUUGCCACCAUUGUUUUUGGAUAUCAAACAAGGCGAUCGCGUUUUGGAUGCCUGUGCUGCUCCUGGCGGGAAAUCACUUGUAAUGCUACAAACACUCUUCCCAGACAUUUUAGUAUGUAAUGAUAUUCAAGAAUCACGUAUCAAUCGUAUUCGGAAAGUGAUGCAAGAAUAUCUUUUUGAUUUCAAAGAAAAUUGGGAGAAUAACCGUGUUGCACUUAGUCAAUGUGAUGCGCGGUUCUUAGAUGUUUACGAGAGUUAUGACAAAAUUCUUGUAGACGUACCUUGUACCACAGACCGCCAUUCUUUGUUGGAGAAUGAUAACAAUAUUUUUAAAACAACUCGUAUCAAGGAACGUUUACGCAUACCUGAACUGCAAGCUAAUAUUUUGUCAAAUUGCUUACGGCUCCUUAAGCCGGGCGGUAGCUUAGUUUAUUCAACAUGUGCUCUUUCACCUGUUCAAAAUGAUGGUGUUGUGCACAUGGCACUACAGAAGGUAUUCAACGAGCACGGUAUAACGGCGACAGUAAAGGAUCUGAGUUAUUUAAUUCGAUUGUUCGAGGAUAUAUUUAGAUUUGAGCAGUCAAAGAAUAUGAAGUAUGGACAAAUGGUACUACCCUAUCUGCCAGCGAACUUUGGGCCAAUGUACUUCAGCAAAUUAACAAGGAACACUUAAAUGAUAAAAUAUUUUAUUUAUUAAUUUCCGAACUAGAUAAUAUUAAUAAAGGAAGAUAACAAAAGGAUAA